AUGGAAGCUGCAUUCUCUAAACCAAUUGUGGAGAUGGUUUCAAUUAAUCAAGAAAUUCACAAAUUUUUGGUCGCGUGGACUAUUGUUUUGGCAUGUUUAUGUUAUUCUCACACUACUGCAAAAUUCUUUCCUAAAGGCAAAUCAAGAUUUCUUGCUAUAAUUCCCAUAGUUUUCGUCUUUUUCAUUCUUCCUCUCUAUCUUACCUCAGCUCAUCUUGGCUUCACUCCUGUUCUUUUCAUAACAUGGCUAGCAAAUUUCAAGCUUCUUCUUUUUGCUUUUGGUAAAGGCCCUUUGGUAUCAACCCAACCCCUCCCACUUUCAACAUUUAUUCCCUUGGCUUGUUUGCCUAUAGAGUUUCAAAAUUCAUCAAUUAGUGAUGUUGAAACCAUUAAAAAGAUCAGACCAAAAUCAACUUUGAAUCAUGUUGCCAAGAUUACUCUUCUAGCCAUUAUGAUAAGGAUGUACAACUAUAAAGACUAUUUGCAUCCAAAAAUCAUCCUCUCCUUCUAUUGCCUACACAUUUACUUCAUGCUAGAGAUCCUAUUGACUAUGGUUAGGACAAUGGUCCAAGCGUUUAGUAGAGUCGAGGUCGAGCCACCCUUUGAUGAGCCUUACAUGUCUAGCUCAGUUCAAAAUUUCUGGGGCAGGAGAUGGAACCGUAGAGUAACCAGUAUACUCCGUUUGACCAUAUACAAUCCCGUACGAUCGAUAGCAAUGAACUGGAUCCCUAGGAAGUGGGUCUCACUUCCCGCUGUGCUCACGACAUUUUUAGUUUCUGGGCUAAUGCAUGAGCUGCUUUUUUACUACACGGGAAGAUUGAAACCCAAUGGGAAAGUCUUUGGCUACUUUAUCAUUCAGGGGGUGACUGUGACUCUGGAAAUUGUUAUAAAGAAAUUGUGGAAUGGCAAAACUUGGGUUCCUAGGAUUAUCUCAGUCCCAUUAACACUCAGUUUUAUGUUGCACACCAGUUUUUGGUUGUUUCUUCCACCACUUUUGAGAGGUAGAGCAGAUGUUAAUGGGUGGUGUACUGAAUCUCUUGCUUUCCUAGAAUUUAUUAGGUACGGCAAAUUAGUUAGUCCCACCAAUUUCACAUGUCCAUUUUAAUUAUCAUAGUGCGUAAGUCCUCCUCUAGCUUUCACAUUGUAUGAGUUUUAUAAAUUUCAAUGCAAUAAGAUAUUUCUACUGUU